AAAAGGUAUUCAUAUAGAGAUAAAGAAUUGACGAUGAGCACGCCGUUAAAAACUGCGUUUCUUCGAACGCUUGGCCUCUUGUUAUGGACUUUAUUUAGUGCAUGGUUGUUUGUGAAAGUAGAACACACGGAAAAAGAUCAUAAAGAAGAAAAAUAUUACUUGUUACUCUCGCUGUUCGAAUCUUUGGCAUCAAAAUACAACAUGAGCCUCGAGGAGUUCAAUAAGAUUUCUACAGUUGCAUAUGAAGCAUUAAGCGAGCCUAAACCUCAGUGGACCUACCAUGUUGCAGUUACGUUCGUGAUUCAAGCUGUGACCACCAUAGGUACGGUAAAAUACGAUAUUAUUAGUUUUUAAGAACACGAAACAUUACAAUGCCUAAAAGCGGAGCUCAUAUUUUUUUUCCCGCACGUCUCUUCAACAAAACUAAAGCUCCUAUUAUGGAUAAAGUGCGUGGUAAUAUCAAUGGUUUUCAUUCGCAACUUCUCCGUGUCCGUGUAGAGGACUGAUUAUAAGAUAGUGCCCGUGGUACAGUUGGCCGCGCAUGCUAAAAGUAGCACCUUGUACGGUCGGUCGUACGGUCGUAGGACAUAUGGGGCUACGCUCUGCGAGCUCCGCUAUAAAUGAGUCUUCUUAGUUUCCAGUCGUCAGUUAUUGAUCCUAAGAAUCGCAAGAGAGAUUGGAAAGAAUCGAGAUACGCAACGAAGGAGAAAAAGGAGGAAUCCUAUCCAUUCUCGCGAACUUUCCUCGCAGACGUUAAAACAAAUUCUGGUGACCGCAAUGGAAAGACAUUAACCGUUAGCCGUAAACUGGCCAAAUUUUAACCGUUAGCCGUCAAAGCCAUUACCCCAAUGACACCCUCGAGUUAGUCACUCACGGAGUUUUCUCUCUCCGAACUACUCGAUGGUCACCUUUCAUCUGCAAUAAAUGCUUUCCUUUAAUUCGGGUAACUUUCUUUAAUUCUCAGAACUCAUCCUAAAAUAAGUGUAAAUAACGAAGAAUCGAGAAAAAGGAUACUGUGAUGGCUUUUUUUUUCUAAAGUCCAAACAAAAUGAAUUUCAGCAUCUUCAUUGAGUGGAAUACCUUCCAAAGUGAGUACACCGAGAGAAUAUAUUAAGUUUACAUUCUCAUGGAGUACACCAUAUCCUACUGGGCUUAUGAAAGUACCUUUUUUAAUCUUUGCUGAUAUCUGUGUUUUACAGGAUAUGGAUUCAUCACUCCUCAGACAUCCACGGGGCAGAUGUUGUGUAUCUUUGUAUGCUUAAUCGGGGUCCCCAUUACUUUGCUCACAUUGAAAUCCAUUGGCGAACUCAUUGCCAAAUGGGUCCACACAAUCGUCUGGAAGUUUGAAAAGGAAAUACUUAAAAGACCAGAACCAAAACAGAUGCAAACGAAGAGUGCAGUGAUCUUGUUCUCAUUUAUGGUGCUUUUGAUCGUGGUGAGUGCCUUGUGCAUUAGGGAUUCAAAUUGGUCUUUCGUUGAAGGCAUCUACUUCUGGUUUGUAACAUUUACUACAAUCGGGUUUGGUGACUACAUUCUCUGGAAACCCACAAGGAUCAAAAAGUUAUCUUUGAAUAGGUCUAAAACUCACAAUAAUAAGUCAUCUGACGCACUGCAGAGGCAGACUACUUUCGCAAUAUUCAAAGAUCUACUCGAAGCGUUUUAUUAUAUUGUGGCGUUGUGCAUUGUGUCAAGUGUGCUAAACGCAAUUGCGGCGCUAAUGGAAGAGCGAAGAUUCCAUACCACAUGCCCUUGUUGUAUUCCACGAAAGAAGAAGAAAACAGAUCCAAAAGACCCCGACGAAGAAGAAAGGCAGACAAGUAUUCCUGAUGAACGCGAUUUUAAUGUGGAGUAUUCUGACGAAAAGCAAGUUAAUUUCAAUAUGAGGGAUGCAAACAUCCCAGUGGAAUUAGCUGACCUUUAGCAUUAGAACUGGGUUUAGGACGACAAGACACAUCCUAAACUAAUAAUUUGCGCACAGAUGGAAUUAAAAUUUUUUUUUUUCUCAAAAUGGAUCUCUCGAGUGGAAUGUAUUUCGGUUUCAUAAUAUUUGCCACUAGAGGGCUAGGCGAUUAAAAGUCAAUGCACGCACACCUCGAGAUAUCAGAACAGUCCGAUGUUUUUAUGUUUGUGCCGAGCAACGCUUAAUGCACUAACCCAUGAAAUUCUUCGCUGUCUGCCUUCUGAUCAAUAAAAAUCAAUGCCUACUCUAUAAUGGUGAUCAAGGGAGAACUAAAGUGGCGUUGGGAUGUUGACGAGAACGUCUGCGUCAGGUGAAAAGUGAGAAAGGCAGUGAAAAAUUUAAUGAAUAAUUAGUUUGAAAUCCAUUUUAUUUGCUAAUGAAAAUAUGUCACUAUUAUAACUGAAAUCAAGCCAUGGUGUGAAGAUCGAUGUCAUGGUGAUAAACCGGUAGGGCAUGGAACCUCUUUUUAGUGACUUCGUCUGGCUAAUAUAUGAUGUGUAACCACAGGAAGUCUAAGCUCCAGCUAUGAGAUGAUCAUCUUGGGCUGCCUGUAGUGUUAUCGGCCUGAAUGUAACCUAUCUUGCUGGGCGUAAUAAUUUUUGUUUCGAUGGAAUGCAAACAGAGAAGAUAUUUUUUCACUCUGUUAGAUCCCAGACUGAGAGCUACUACCUCACACCUUUAAAUGAACUGCGCAUCAAUUUGCUUCAAUCGCUGGGAAAUAAAAUGGAAACUGUGCCAAUUGCACUUCAUACGAGUUUUCCUAUGAAUACUAAAAUUUGGCGUUUAUCUUUCUCAAGGUAACGUCUUAGAAUACAGAAGUGAAGAUGUCCAGGCAUUUAUCGAUGCCCAAGCUAAAUUAUUGAAAAAAGGCCACAUCAAAUAUCUAGAGCUAAUGAAUAUUCAUAGAAUGGGGAUUUGUAAAUAUUUGGUAAAGAUGAAUGCCAUCUCCCGUAGGCCUUUUGAAUCCUUAAUGAAAGGUAAAAACAGUUGCCACGAGACAGCAUGAAAUUCAUGCAAAAAGCCAUGAAAUAUAAUUAUAACAAAUCUUUACAAGGAAAGACCCUGAGUAUAGCUACUAAACGUUUACUUCAACAGACACGUAACCAAAACAGCGGUUAUAACUAACAUAAGGUGCUAAAAAAUUCCCUUGAAUGGCAAAACUGAUGUGAAAGCGUUGAUACAACAUUCAGGUAAGUCUGUAUUUGAGUAAAUGCGGCCAGUAAGAAUUUUGCCUUCGCGUUAUCAAACCGUUCAAGCGCUGCAUAGACUCCAUUACAGUCAUAGUAAACAACUAUAGAAAGAAGAAUUUACAGCAUUCAAAAUCAUUUCUUCGUUUUAGUAGGAGUUAUUUUCUUUUAAGAAGGCAGACUAAUUAUUUAAGCCUAAAUGCAAAUCGAGUAUAUCGUAUUUGAAUAAAGCCAGAUGUUUUUCACCAAUACCAAAAAAACCAAAAAGGUAUGUCAGGAUGCCAUUUGAUUGUCAACUUCACUUGGACUUCUCGUAAGUCCUCGUAAAGAAAGGCACAUUUAUAUUCUUGUAAUUUCUCCCACAACAAAGUACCUUGAAAUCAAAAUAUUCUAUGGAAAAUUGUUUCUGUUUCAGUAUAAAAUGAAGCAGAUUAACAAAGCCAUAGCAUUUGAGUAUGUUAUCUGUAAAAGAGAGGAGAAAGAGGCUAUUUAUUAAGUCAGAGGUAGAUGAAGAAUUUUCAUCAAGAAGUGUCAACAAUUUAAUUUAGCUGUCUAACUGAAUACGCAAAGAUGCCGGCAAAGAUCAGUCUUCCAACUACAAAGCUAUCUACAGACGUUUAAAAAUGACUGCGAGUGUUACUGUGGACUCUACAGAAUUAGAACGAUGAAACGAUUACUUUAUCACCCUAAAAUUACCAUGUGGAUUGAGCACCUGCUGUUUCCGACCUGAAGUAAUUAGAUGGAAAAGGUGCUUUCAUUUGCAAAUACCUAAUGAUUAAUCAUUGACCAUCUAUAAGCCGCACAUAAAUAAUUUUAUCUCGCGGUAUUGAUGUGAUAAUGCACCUCAUGGAGUCUUGUUGACAUAGAGGUUUGUACUGAUAUUGCUGGUGAAAUGUUUUGCAGGUGUAGUUUCUCAGCCAUGGAUCCUCUUUUCAAAACAAUGAUCUUUCGCACCGUUGCUUUCUUUGUGUGGACUUCACUUAGUGCCUGGCUGUUUGUUACGGUUGAACACACUGAAAAAGAUGAGGCGAAAGAGAAAGAUAAGUUGUUACUUUCUCUGUUCAAAGCAAUGGCAUUUAAGUACAACAUGACCGAGGAAGACUUCAAAAACUUUUCCAGCACUGCGUUUGAGGCGUUGAGCAAACCUAGCCCCAAAUGGACGUUUUUAGCAUCUCUGAUCUUUGUAGUUCAGGCCACAACUACUGUGGGUAAGAUAAAAUAUGUGAUGCGUCUAAACUAUUGCAAAAUGUCAUUUUUACAAAAUGUAUCUGAUAAGUAACUAGAAUCUACAGCACUAGAGUCGGAAUAAGUCAGAAGAUCCAAUAACGUAACUGCAUCAUAAGUAUUCAUGCUUUAAAAUAAUCAACCAAGGUUCGCCUUUUGUAUUUCCUAAAUGCCAUUGCUUUGUAUUUUGUUUGACUCUGAAAUUUCUCGUGGUGCACCAUAUCGCGGAAAGUUAUGAUCGAAAUUGUUGAGGCUUGUAAAAGCGGAAACGUUCGACCAUCCCACCAAGCUUCCAUAUUGAUUCCGUUUCUGGUCUCUGUUUCACAGGCUAUGGAAAUAUAACCCCCAAGACACCUGAAGGCCAAAUGCUAUGUAUCUUCCUUUGUCUACUUGGCAUUCCAAUUACUCUUCUUUUGCUAAACUCGGUUGGUGCGGUCAUUGCCAAACUGGUCAACACACUUGUGAAGAAGUUCGAGAGUAAAAUCCUUAAAAGAGAGGAACCGAUGAAUGUAGAAAAAAAGAGUGCAAUGAUCUUGUUUUUAUUUAUGGUGUUAGGUAUUGUGAUGAAUGCUCUCGUAUUGAUACAUCUAGAGGAUUGGACAUUCGUAGAGGCACUUUAUUUUUGGUUUGUAACCGUAACAACAAUGGGUUUUGGUGACUACAUUCCAGGAAAGCUCAAUCCGACCAAUAUCUCGAGAGAAAACAGCUUCGCAAUUUUUAUAGGCUUUUUUGAACUGGUUCUUCUUUUGGGAGGACUAUGCAUUGUUUCCAGUGUAUUUAACUCCAUCAUGGCGGCCUUGGAUGAACGAAAUUGGUGGUUUAAGUGUUCUGCACGUAUAUCUAGAAGGAUACAGGGGCGCGUUGAC